CAAAAUCAGAUAUCAGAAACUAAAUUAUGGAGAAAAAAGGCAAGCUGGUAAUAGGAGGAGUUUCAAUUGUCCUUGUUGUUGGCGUCGUGAUUGGUCUUGUGGCUGUGGUUUGCACUAGGAAGAGUCACAAGGACCAACUUUCUACAAGUUCUAAGGCCGUCGCUGCAAUUUGUGAGCCAACUGAUUACAAGGAAGCAUGCAUCAACAGCCUUAGCAAAGUUGCGAAAAAUGAAAGCGCCACGGCUAAAGACCUCAUCCAAGCAGCCAUUGAUUCCACCAUUUCAACAGUGAAGUCUGCAAUAGACAAUUCUGGCAACAUUGCCAAAUCAUUUAGCAAUCUCAAUUCCACAGGAAAAAUGGCAAUGGAUGAUUGCAAGGACUUGUUGGAAUCGGCAAUUGCUGAUCUUCAAGCUUCGUUUUCAUACGUAGGGGACGGUGAUAUGCACACAAUGCAUGACAGAGAGGAUGAGCUGAAAAAUUGGUUGAGUGCUGUGAUAUCAUUCCAACAAUCAUGCCUUGAUGGGAUUCCUCAAGAAGAGCUCCAAAAACAGAUGAAAGAUGGGCUUCUCAAUGCCACGCAGCUGACGAGCAAUGCCUUAGCAAUUGCUUCCUCAAUUUCUGAGAUCUUACAAAGCUUCAACAUCACUUUAAACAAAGAUUUAAGGAAUCCAAGCAGCUCCCGAAGACUUCUCGAGCACAAUAAUGAUGAGCAAGGCCAGUACCCUAGUUGGUUUCGCGCUGCAGACAGGAGGCUAUUGGCAAGUCAGAGCAACGGGCAGGUUAGACCAAAUGCGGUAGUGGCAAAAGAUGGAAGUGGACAAUACAAAACAAUUGGUGCGGCUCUUGCUGCAUACCCUAAGGGGCUUAAGGGAAGAUAUAUCAUAUAUGUGAAGGCUGGGAUUUACAAUGAGUACAUUACUGUUACCAAGGACCAGGUCAAUGUGUUCAUGUAUGGAGAUGGACCCCGGAAGACCAUGGUCACUGGAAGUAAAAGCUGGGCUGAUGGCAUCACCACCCAGAACACCGCCACAUUCGCCGCAAUUGGAAGUGGGUUUCUAGCCAAGGCAAUGGGAUUUCAGAACACAGCAGGCGCCCAGAAGCAUCAGGCAGUGGCACUCCGAGUCCAGUCGGAGAUGUCAGCCUUCUUCAACUGUAGAAUGGAUGCGUACCAAGACACAUUGUACGUCCAAACGCAUCGCCAGUUCUAUCGCAACUGUGUCAUUUCCGGCACAGUUGACUUCAUCUUCGGUGACUCACCAACACUCAUCCAGAACUGUUUGAUCAUAGUGAGAAAGCCUAUGGACGGCCAGCAAAACACUGUGACUGCUCAGGGAAGACAGGACAAGAGGGAAACCACAGGCAUUGUCAUCCAGAACUGCAGGAUAGUCCCCGAACAGGCUCUGUUCCCAACGAGGUUCAAGACUAAGUCAUACUUAGGGAGGCCAUGGAAGACAUACUCAAGGGCUGUGAUCAUGGAAUCAGAACUAGGAGACUUCAUACAACCAGCAGGGUGGCUGGAAUGGAGUGGCAACUUUGCACUUGAUACUCUGUAUUUUGCAGAGUAUGGGAACCGGGGUCCGGGGGCUGUGACCAACGGAAGGGUGAGAUGGAAGGGAUUUCAUGUGAUCCGGAACAGAAAUGAGGCUCUUCAAUUCACUGCAGGUCCUUUUCUAUUGGGUGACCAGUGGUUGAGAAACACAGGCGUGCCUUACUUCACUGGUUUGAAACAUUAGCUCAUGAUAUCCCAUUUCAGCCCAAUUAACUACUCAUCAUGAGACAUGAAGAUGAGGAGGAUUAGCUGCCUCAUUGAUUUGAAUUGAAAUAAACAAGUUUAAUCUGAAGAUGGAUGGAUGGAUGGAUGGAUGUUUGGAUGAGAGAGAGGAUGGCGCUGUUGAUUGUCACCCCCCGCUAGUGAUAACAGAUAAGGAGCCCUUUUGUCCCUGCGCAUUGUUUGCAUAUUGCUGUAUGUAUCUGUACAGUUUUUCAGUACCUUUUUGCAUAGCAUUUUUAUGUACCCAAAUGCCCUUUCUCUGUAUAUACAUUUCAUCAUAGUAAAUACAUAUGCUUUGCUUACUCA